GAGUAGGAAAACAGGCAAGAUGGCGUCGAGUGAUGGCAAGCUCGGGAGUUUGUUAGAACACCACGUCCAAAGGGCCGUGUGCGACACGCGGGCCAAAUAUCGGGAGGGCCGACGACCUCGCGCUGUCAAGGUGUAUACAAUCAAUUUGGAAUCUCGUUACUUAAUAAUACAAGGAGUUCCUGCAGUGGGAGCCAUGAAGGAAUUAGUUGAGCGAUUUGCUCUAUAUGGUGCUAUCGAAGAAUAUAAUGCUCUUGAUGAAUACCCAGCGGAAGACUUUACAGAAGUUUAUCUUAUUAAGUUUAUGAAUUUGCAGAGUGCAAGGAUAGCCAAGAAAAAAAUGGAUGAACAAAGUUUCUUUGGUGGAUUGCUUCAUGUAUGCUAUGCUCCAGAAUUUGAGACAGUUGAAGAAACUAGAAAGAAAUUAGAAGAAAGGCAGGCUUAUAUAACAAGAGCUACUAAAACUAAAGACUAUUACAAGUCAAAGAGGAAAGUGAUUCCAGAACGUAAGCACAAAGAUUUUAGAUUAGACUGCCACUCAGAUAGAUCUGGAUUUGGUGCAGCUUCUUUGAAGACUUCUGGGAACUCAACUACUUGUCUUCCUUAUUCUUGUGAAUUGCCUUUAUGUUAUUUUGCCUCAAAAUGUACCUGUUCAUCUGGGGAGCACAUGGACAGACCAUCAAAUUCCUACAAGGAUGAUAGUAACCAUAAUGAAACUGUGAAGCAUUGUAAUCAUACUAACUCUUCACAGAAAGUGCCAUUAAACACUUUUAAGAAUCCAGUACCUUGCUUGAAUGCACAAAAAGACCUUAUUUCAUCAGAGGCAGUUGACAGAUUUAUGCCUAGAACAACACAACUACAGGAACGGAAAAGAAGAAGAGAAGAUGACCGUAAACUUGGAACUUUGCUUGAAACAAGCACAAGCAGUAAUGAGGUUAUAAUUGGACCUAAAUUACCAGACAUACCUAAAGUGGAUUUGCAGGAUGACUCCUUGAAUACAACGGCAAACUUAAUUCGGAAUAAACUUAAAGAGGUAAUUUCAUCUGUACCAAAGCCUUCAGAUGACAAGUUGGAACAUUCAUGCCCAAGUCGUCCAUUAAAACAAAGAAGAAGAAUAUAGAUUGCCAUUAACAAGUUGGUAUUUUCCAAAGAGAAAUUUUUUUCUUUUUUAAAAUUUCUGUUAUUCCCCUUCACUGAGCUCAUGUCUACAGUGCUCACUCAGGAGGUCAAGGUCUGAAGCCAGCCCAGCCAGACAAUCUCUGAGGCACUGAUGUACAGUUGACCAGCAUAAAGCUGGAAGUGGAGGUAUGGUUCAAGUGGUAGAGCACCAGCCAUGAGUGAAAGAGUUAAGCAACAGUGAGAUGCCCUGAGUUAAAACUCCAGUACGGACACAUACCAAAAAACAGGUUUUUUCCUUUGGUGGUGCUGGUGUUUAGACUCAGGGUCUCGUGCUUGCCAGAUAGGCUCUCUACUGCUCAGCCAUGCCUCGAUAACCCAACUGCUAUUUUAAAAUGUACAUUAUGUAAUUUAAUUCAUAUUGUUUCUCUAAUAUUACAGUUUCAUUGAGGAACUUUUCUUGUUAAUAUAGCAUUGUUUCAUAUCACAAUAACUGCAACUUGAAGCGAAUAUAAAAGUUUUCAAAGAUACAUAACCAGGAUCUGUUUCUAAUUUUAAUGUAAGUAUUGAGCAAUUCACGUUUGAAAAGUCAUGAUGUUUCUGAAUGCCAAGGCUUCAAAAUGAAGACAAUUCUGUAAAGUAAGAAAAUUAAUAAGCUAUUAGAACCAAGUUAAAAUUAGAAGUUUACAUACUUUUGUUAACUUUUAGGAAAAAUUUACUUGAUUUAUAGCAGUUGAAAAACCAGUUUGGGAAAUUCUCACUUCUGCAAUUUUUUAAUAUCACUUUUUUGAAUAUCACUUUUUUCCAUGUUGAAGAAAAGUAGAGCUAAUCAAAGAAAGGACGUUUUGCAAGCCCAAUCAUGAAGCUAAUCAUUUCAACUCAGAGUCACAUAUGAAAAGCCUCAUGAGCACAAAUAAAACACUAUAAAACUG